AUGGAAUUGGUAGAGAGAUCUAUAGUUUUCUUGAUGAUGACAAUGGUGGCUGUUCAGGUUUCAAAUGCAGUUGUGCACAAGGUUGGAGACUCUUCUGGUUGGACAAUCAUUGGUAACAUAGAUUACAAGAAAUGGUCUGCUACUAAAAACUUCCAAAUUGGUGACACUAUCGUUUUUGAAUACAAUGCUCAGUUCCACAAUGUGAUGCGUGUGACACACGCCAUGUACAAAUCGUGCAAUGGAUCACUACCUUUGACAACCUUCACCACUGGCAAAGACUCUAUAAAGAUAACAAACUAUGGUCAUCACUUUUUCUUGUGUGGUGUUCCUGGCCACUGCCAAGCAGGACAGAAGGUUGAUAUCAAUGUGCUCAAUGUUUCGGCAGCAGCAACACCGACCAAAUCUCCAUCAGCAUUGGCCUCUCCAGUACCAGUUGCAACUACGCCUGCACUUUCUCCUAACAAUGCUUCACCUUUGACUACUGCAAAGGGAGCUUUUGGUUUUGUUGGUUUGGCCAUGACAGUUUUUAGCAGUUUCUAUUUCUAA